AUGCAAGAAGUUCGGAACGAUACGGAGCGCCGCAUGCUUUGGGGCGAUAUGAGAAAGAAGUCAGGAGGUCACAAGCGUUACCGCGGCAAGAAGGUGGGAGAAGAAGAAGGAAAGAUGAAAUUCAACAGAGGUUUCCCUCUGGAGGACACGGAAGACCAAGAGGCAGCAGACCAGGAGAGGGACAGGAAGUGGCUGGACAUGUGGCGGGCUACGUGGCCCGAGGGUCACGCCUUGGACCCCCACGACCCCGAGUCUUUUGGCUUCGCCUUCGUGGGAGUGGUCACCGGUGCACACGGUGUUCAUGGCGACGUGCGCGUGCGGGCAGAUGACUUCCUUUGUGAUCAAGGCUACGAUCCGGCCACCCAUUUGGCCCGCCGAAAUUUCUCCAACUUCACAGAGGACUCCAAGCGGGUGCACCUCAAAGCACCUCAUCGACGUUUCCCUCGGCCAUUCAGGAUCCUCACAGGCAAACGAGUUCAGCGCCGUGUCUUUGCCUUGCGCCUGCAUGGGGUGGAGUCGCCCGAGGAGGCUGUGGCUUUGAGGGGAUACAAAGUCUAUGCGCUGGAACCGCCUCCAUCUGCCAAAGUCCAGGAGGAAGACCAAGGAGGCAUCGAUCUCUACGAUGCCGGGACUACAACCUUUGCCACUCGAGAUGCCUUGGGAUUGAUCGGCUCCAAGUGCGUGAUGGUCACCGGACAGGUGUCCGAGGAGACUCUGGGAGAAUUUGCGGCAGCUGCUUCUCCCGCAGAGGCUAAAGAGGUGCUCGCUAAUGCUGGAGCGGAGCUCCAACAUUUCGGAGACAUCUCUGCAGUGGUUCCCGACUACAAGAUCGCGCGUAGGCACCGAGGGCGGAAGGCAGCACAUGACCUUCUGGACAUCACAUUGGUGAACGAGGUGAACGGAGGCGAGGGCAAGUACCUCUACGAGCCAGAUCCGGAGUCAAACACUGGAAAGGCACUGGACAUGGACGAAUGGCGAACGGCAGAUCCGAACUUUGAGCGUGUCGUCUAUGUGCCCUUUGUCCCGGACAUGAUUGCACGCAUCGACGCAGACAGGUCCGGAAGUACUGUUUACUUCUCUUUGCCAAGCGAUUAUAUCCAGAAAACGUCCUUCUCGUGCCGGAAGCGCAUUGUGGACGAACGUGGGCUUUUGGUGAUCCCUCGCGGGCCGCAAGAUGGCGAAACCGGCGCUGUUCUACACACACGACGCUCUCACACAGCGCCUAUCACAGCCUUUUGCUGGAUUGAUGCCGGAGAUCUUGAGGACACAUGGCUUGCAAGAUCGAGCAUGCUGCCACCGCUUCUCAGCGUGCCAAGUGCCCCGAGCAACAUGUAUGCGGAGACGCCAUCAAAGGAGGAGCUGAGCCCUUCGGGCUUUACUCUGCUGGUCUCACUUGAUGAAGCUGGCCACCUUGUUGUUGCGGCUCGUGGCACCUUCCCCUUGCAGGCCCAGAACCUCUUCGAAGGCCAAUUCGGGAAGUUGUCUGAGCAGUGCCGCCGGCCCAUGGCGGUGCAAUUGUCGCCUGAUCUCCGGUGCCUCGCCGUGCUGCUUGGUCCUGGUGGCUCAGGAGCCAGGACCCCAGAGGGACCAUGCGCAAGGACGCCUUCCCCUAGGCCUUCCCAGGCUUGGUCACAUCCAGGUGAGCUUGGCCUGGCUGUUGUGGUGCUAGACGUGAGGAAGUUCGCCGUGCGGCGGAGGGAGCUGGCUCACUGUUCAGCCAUGUCAGAACGCCUCUGUGCCGUGGCGAGCUACGCGCUGCAGGCUGUGGAGACACUCGCAACGGUGUGGCGAAGUGCAGCAAGUACCUUCGUCAACAAAAUGAGGGCCCUCAUUGACUGCAUCCAGGCUUACUCCGGGGCAGGUUCCAAAGCCAAGGGCACAGUGCACUCGGAGCUUCUCUAUACGCUUUGCACAGGCAAUCCAUCUGAUCCAGUGCACGCCUUUCUUACACGGCAGACCACUCCGCAACAGUUAUCCCGGAUUGAGAAGAGCUUGAUGCAAGCAUUGGAUUACGUCAAUCUUGUGACGACGACACGCCUACAGGUAGCUGUCCAGCAUCUCCAGAGCAUUCUCCAAGAUCUCAAGGCCUGUGCUGGGCGCUUCAGCUCCCUAGGCUUGGACUUCGGGCUUUUGGACGAGCUGGAGACGCAAGUCACGGGCUUCUCAGCUUUGACGGAACAAUUGCUUUUGGAUGUCUCAGCUGCGCGGCGCUUUGCCCGUACGCUCUUCCAGCUUUUCCUCUAUCAGGCGCAGAAGCUGUCGGAAGGGGCUCCCGAGGCCGGCACCCCAUCAUCUCGGGCAGAUGGGUCCUACGCAGCGCCAAGCCCCAGCGAAGUGGACGACUUUGUCGCAGCUGUACGCCAACAGUCGCUGGAGCUGGAGGAUGUGACUGCGCGGAUUGGCACGAGGCCAAAGGUGUCCGGAGAGGAUGGAAGAGAGUCUCUUGCUUCGAAGAUGGCACGGCUGGUGUCUGACGCCGAGCGACUGGGACAGCGCAUCUGCAGUGCCAUGGCCCGGCACAGUUCUCCCCUUCUCUGCCAGUCCUUGGAGGUGGUCUCCCCAUGGCGGGCCGUGUACUCGGAGCUCCGGGCGGCUGCCGGCGCUGACAUGGCCGCCGGGGUGCCUAGCCCUCGUGGUCUGGGGCGGCCGAUGCUGCACAUGGCCUGGCAGGACCUUCCGCAGCAGAAGGACACCUUGGUGGAGAGUCUGCCAGAAGAGCUGCUGCUCUUGUGGGCUGGCGGGGCCACGGAAGCGAAGCUCAACCUGGCACGUGUCCGGUUUUCUGUCGGCAAGCGAGAAGCCGCCGUGCAGCCCAAGUUGGACCUUGCCACGGUGAAGGCCAACGCCUCGAGCACUGGGCAUUUCCUGCUUUGUCGGUGCUAUGAUGCUGACCGCAUCGCAGCAUUGGUCCUGCAGGAGGAGCCAUCAAGAUCUGCGACGGUCUGCCUCAUCGACAUGACGGACUUAGAGUUUCAUCCUUUCGGCUCGGAGGCAUCCGCCAUUCUCAGUGACAUGCAGGUCAGUCAAAGUGCUCCUUUGCCAGAGAGCUACCUGUGGGCUUCCGCCAUGCGGGUCAUGAGCCAGCGGGGAGUAUGCUCGAUCUAUUCCUGGCGAGCUCGGCGGUUGCUCACCCUGGACAUGGAAGCUGUUGAUGAAAUGGACGACGCUGAUUGAGGGACCUGACUGAGGGUUGUCAGAUGCUUGUACAUAGUUUGUGAUCGCGGGGAUGCAUGCUAGAGCCAG